AAAUGUUUGGAAACUCAGACUUCCUUUACGAAUAUAUCUCUUCAAAUAGCCUCUUUUGUGAGAAUAAUGACGAAAUGACCUGAAAGAAGUUCAGUAAAGACCAACUGGGCUUCUCUCAGUGUGAGAGUAACCAUCGGACGAUAUUUACUGAGAAUUUGAAAAGUAGUGACAAUCCUCAUACUUUUCAACCUAUAACGGCACCUGGAGGGACCAACUUGUUCAUAAAAGACGAAGAGGACAAAGAAGAGUUCCAUAGCUGAGAGAGUUCGAAUUCUGGUAAACUUUCUGGGCCUAUUUCGCAACAUUCUAAAAUUGAAGAGAAUUUAUGCAUGCCAGAAACGAAGAAUGAUAAACCUGAGAUAAAGGAUUCCUCUGUGCUUGCUUCCUUAUCAAAUAACUCUACUCACAGAAUCUCUGGGGAUGGUAACCAAGGCCAGAUGAAGUCCAAGUUCACAAACCGGCUACGAUUUGCAAAAACCCAUGAUAGAGAUAUGUUUAAGAGACUCCUAGAAUUAUGCGACCAAGCAGGGUGAGAAGUUUCAGAGUUUUGGAGAACAAAUUCUCUUUUAAAUGAAGCCCAAUGGGCAAUUAUUCAAACCCUUGCUAAAGAGAUAAGUUGGGACACUGAGAAAUCUGAACAUCUUAUUAAAAGGAUUAAUAAAAUUGGCAAGAAUAGUGAAAACUUCACUAUUCGUGACACUAAGCUGCUUAGGAAGAUGAUCAAUUCUCAAAAAUAAGGCAAAUUUACCUAUAGAUUUUGCUGAAAUAUCAUACUAUUUCCCUGGAAAGUCCAUCAAUACAUUAAAAUCAAAGUACAAUGAGAAGUACAAGUCUGGAAGUCCUCACUUACUUCCUUAAACUCCCUC